AUGGUUUUUAUUCCUGUUGAAGUUAUUUUUAAGAAAUUCCCAAAUUUUUCUAAAGAUAGAGUAAAAUUUCUGAGGCGAUAUAGUUUUCUUAGUUUAUUUUUGGGUGGUUUGUUUGUUUAUAAAGCUCAUAAGCCAGAUUUUAGUAUAAGGCAUUAUAAUCCUUCUUAUUUUUACAAACGUCAUUUAGACAAAUUAAAAAAAAAAGGAUUAAUAAACGAAGAAAAGUAUAAUAAAUAUUUGGAUAAUUAA